ACUCCGCGUGGUUUCUGAGGCCGAACCCCUCGAGAAAAAAAUCCCAGGUUUUUGUCUUGCACUUUUUGGUUUAUCGUUUAAAAGUCUGUUUAUUGAAAGUAAUUAUCGGAUGCUGGAAAUUAGAGAUUCUGUUUCUUCCGUGACGGCCAGGAGGGUUUUUCGUUGGUGUUUUUUCUCGCGUAUUUUCUUGAGAUUUAUAUCUGGGAUUAUGAUUUUGUGGCUUCCCUCUCGAGUUCGAUAUUUUAUGAGUGGCAUAUUAUGGCGGCUGGGUUGGCCCAGUAAGGUGUGAAAUAGUAGACCAGCUUACUAAAGGUAGAAGAACAACAAUGGGCUUGGGCUCUAGGCUUGUGUGAAAAGAACAUUUCGGUGGAGUUCUGCAAUAGCGAUCAAUAGAGAAGUGUGGUUUUGUAUGGGAGGAGGCUAUUGUGGGGCUGCUUUUAGUGAUUGGCCUUUGCAAAGCUUGAGCCCUAUAGAAAGCAUUUCACAAGUCUGCUAUUCAUCUCCCAACUCAGCCCUUUCAUCGCGAAAUUUGCACAAUUUACGGGCACAAACGCCGCUGAUUUUGUAUUCAGCGGCGCUGAGCCGAGUGGUAAACUUUGACUAUUGAAAUAAAGAGAGAAUUGGGGAGUUGUGUACAAGGAAAAUUGAAUAAAUGCGUUGAGCGAACGUGAUGAACAAGUUGGGUUCGUUUGUUCACUGGGCUGAACUGACCAAUCGGGGCACGUUGUCGUGUGUUUGUGGCGGAUUGGGGGGUACGGUGACAGCUGGAAAGAGCCUCCCCGCGGGCUGCAGCGAAGCCAGUUAGCUUUAGAGUCAGUAUAUGAGUGGAAACCCUGGCUGAGAGUACGCGUUGUAGCAUUCCAAGUAUGCUAUGCUAUCUCGCUCCUGAACAUCGGUGCCAUUUCCCCAUCACAUUAAUCAUAAUCGCAGGGAACGCGUUGGUGAAGUGGGAGAGCGAUUUCUAACCAGGAAUCAAAACGUUCACGCACAGCACAUCAUCGUUUCUGACGUGGACCAAUAUACUGGGAUUAUAUACCACGCCGAGAAUUUAUACCCGCCCUAGCAGACGAAGGGGACAGGAGGAAAGACUGUAUGUUGUUGGAAGCAAUGAGCAUCUGAUUAUCAUAGCAAACUUGGCAUCCAACCGCUGGGUGAAAUACACGCCGCGCUUCCCGCGUUGGCUAUCUAGUCGAGUCCGCAGGUGUCGGGUUAGGAUAUGGACAAGUAGGGUCAGCUAGUCAAUAGCUGCCAGCUCCUGUUCACCAUCUUUUUCUAAAACGUCCCAAGUGCCAUAAACUACAUCUUUCAAGUAUGACUUAUCCAAGACUAUGUUCGUCCAUUUCUCUUACUCCAGAGCAACUCGCCUAGCGGAUACCAGUGCUACGGCCAGUACGCCAGCAGCACAUACAUGGAAGGGAAUGGGGAGGCGUAGAGCGGCUAUUUGCAGUAGGUCGAUUCUGCAGUCUGCUUCACUAGCAGGUCUUCUGCUUCAGUUUGCCAUCUUUACAGCUCUUAUUUCAAAAGUGUAUUCAGGUUGUGAUAUCUUGUGGUGUUCGUACCAGUACGAAGCAGACACAGACCCGUUGGAUCCAGGUCCAUAUCCAGACUUUUGCCGUGCCUUGCAGAGGUAUCAGCGCUGCGUGGACAGAAUAUCUCCGGGAUCGUGUCGGGGCGAUCUCCACUAUCAUUCCACAAAGACGGUUAUCCCCGACUUGCAAAGGAACUACGAAUGUGCACGAGUGCUACGAGAAGAGAACAACCCAAGCCCAACCAGGGCUGUGGAAACGACGACGAGGUCGUCGCGCAACGGCGGUGACAACGACAGCGAUUCUCCAAGCAAGGGUAGAGGGAAUAACGGUCGUCUACCGUAUUAUCCGGAUAUUCUAUCAGACGCACCUGAGACAGGAGGAUCACAGAGGUGUCAGUACACGGGCUCCAGGAGCUUCAGACAUUGCGGACUCUUUGGAGACCCACAUUUGAGAACGUUUGAUGAUUUGUUCCAGACGUGUAAAGUGGCCGGUGCGUGGCCAUUGAUUUACAACGACUAUUUGACAGCCCAGGUUACUAACGUGCCCUUGGUUCAUGGUUCCGGUGCCACAGCUACAAACAAGGUAGGUGUUUUGCACUUUAAUUAUUAUUACUCCUUAAAUGCAGCAGGUUUUUUUUAACCAUGGACACGGUAACUUUCCAUAGGCCUGUAAAAUUCUUGUAAUUUUUUUUAGCCUAUGGACAUUAUUUACAAUAGGGAAUUUACCAUUACAGUGGGAAAAGUUGGUCCGAAUUUUUGUCUCUAGUUUAGUAGACCAAUAUGCAGUCUAGAUGUUCAUGAAUCCUUAGGUUUCAUCCUUGUCUAGCUUGUUCACAAUGUCAUCUCCCCUUAUAUGUAUUAUGAUUUAUGAAAUUAUUAAGAACACCAUAAUGCAAUAUUGAGGAUUCUUUUACUGCUGUACCUUCAAGUCGCCGAGAAGAUUCUCUGAAUAUUCCUCACGAAAUGUAGUUCUGUCUUGAUUGCCCCUUUUCUGGACAAACAAGCUCCUGCUCUUCAACUCUUCACAUAGAUUUUAGAUUCCAGUUUGCAUGUGUCUGUGUGUUUUGCAACAAAGAUAUCACGAGGAUCUAUUUGUUUUCCAUUAACGCGAACAGAGCUUCGUACGCAGAGAACAAAAACAAAUAAUGGACCGUUGUAAACAGUCCAUUGCAAAUGUUCUGCUGAGGCCAACUGUCAAUACAUUUUUGGCAAGCAGGCUCGAGAUGAGAUGGUCUUUGGUGAGAAAAACAAGGAGUGUUGACUGUUAUUAUUACGGAAAAUUAUGUAUGUUUGAUUGAUAUUCGAAUUUGAUUGUCAAUACACUUUCUGAUCACGGAUACUGUAACAUUUUCCCUGUUCCUUCAUGAAUUUGGUAACGAGUUUGCUUACGUGUCCUUGUUGUUGAUUGUCAUGUUAUAUUUCCGUGUCCCGAUGGGAUAUGACAAGACCUGAAUUGGUUUCAUAGUGGUAAUUGAUUUUUCCAAACUUUUAUUGAAGCGGAUUUUCGUGUAUCGCUCAUAAAGUUAAUACGCUGCCUUAUAUUACUAUCUGGUUUAGGCCCUUGUACCAGGGAUAUGCAUAUCCCUGCUUGUACGUUCCUUUCGGUAGCAUGUCUUUUUCUCAAAUCUAAAUAAAAUGUCAGGAAGUGCCAAUGGUGCUCUCCCGAAUCCCCGUCAUUUCUUUCAUUGACACGUCCAACAAAAAUGUUAUGUUAUUAGUUCUGGUCUACUCGCUGUGGUGGUUUUAACCUUCUCCUUCUACUACUUUUAUUUCCAUUGGACAAAUAUCUCCCACCGUCUUGAGUACACACUGUAAACCUGGCCAGCCAUUUUUACUCAGCGAAUGCCCUGCGAAGGUUUCUUCUGCUUGGGGUUUCCAUUGUGAGAUUUGUGUGCAAGAUUCGAUGUGCUUCACUUACGCUCGGUUGCCCCUCAAAGCCGUACAGUCCCGGCGGGGGCAAUCCUGAUGUCGCCUUACCCGUUUGUAUUAGCUUGCCUUGAAUGCGGGGCAGCUGUUUACUUGUGAGCAGUUCUUUCACCAUGCUCCCCUUCUCCUUUUAUUCAGCCUAAGAAACUCACAAGAACCCCCGAUGGCUGACCUACAAAGGGGCUCCCAAUGAAUUCAGAAAUUCUUACCCAUUUUACUGAUCCGUAUCUGUGACAUCUUUUAUUCACUACUGGGUCAAUCUUAAGUUCAUAUUCGAGCUCCAUUGUCGGUGAAAACACUGGUUGUCUGUGUUAAAAUCUUGCAUUGCAUUUCUUUCCUCACUUAUAUACCAUUCAAUCUUUUCAAACCUCAUAGGCAUGUUGAUAAGAUAGAUUGAAGUGAAGUUCCAUUAUGCUCAUUAUUAUUUGAGGGGAUUAUUUGGUUGGUCAUUGUACAUGUGGCAGCAGGAGAUUUUGAAAUAUAUUCAUAUGAAGCCUAGAUGUUUAUGUUAUCUAACUAUCCCUUACGGUACAUCGUAUAAAAACAGCCCAUAUUGAAAAACGCUACAAAAAGGGGUCCCACUGUUUUACAGUGUACCAACAUAAGGCCUAUGUCUUAUCUGGGAUUUUCUUAACGUUUUGGGAAAACAUUUGGGCCCAAUUAUUUUUCAUUUCGACAGUGCUUCACAUUGUACUGUAGGAUGAGAAACACAAUGCCUUCAAGACAUUUUUGCAAGGUUAUUUCGCUUUUGCUAGGUUAUUUCGCCUUGGACCAAUAACUCUGCGAGACACUAAUCAUCGUCCAUAAGCCAUCAUCACACUCGAUACAUUAGGCGAGGAGAUCAAUACAUGCCCAUCAUUAUAAAACCAUUUGUAAUCGAAGUUCACUUAGUCCGAAGCAAGGAGAAUUCGAUUUGUUGGCUGUGCUGAAAUACCGUGUUACCUCAUGAUUGUAUGUGGAUGUGGGAAGGCAAUCGAUUUGUCAACCCUGGACAGACACAUAAUGAUGAAUGACGGACAGCCCCGAAGUAUAAUGAGUGGAAGUGAGCGUUUAGGAUUAUGUGAUGAAUGAUUAUUGUCAUUGUGUGGUCACUCUUACGAGCUAUAUAUGUAUGACCAGUGACCACCUUCUACUGCCUGUACUAAUGGUGGCGGUAAUUUUACAAAUCUGACAGUUUUGUACCUAGUAGUAGUCCCUACAUCCUACAUGAACUUGAUAUAGCGUAUUGUCACAUACAUCUGCACUUAGAGUUAGACCCUAUCCUCUAUAUCUUGAUUUAUAUAUUGCCUCCUUGCAAAACAAAAUGUAAUUUGUGUUAUUGAAUUGAUGCAAAAAUUAUCAAUGUAGCUUUAAAAAAAAACAGCCAGCGCUACGUUGCGUCCCUUCCAUAUUGAAAUAAAAGAUGCCUUUACCCAUGAUUAUGCAUGUGCUUGCACUGUAAGCUAUUCUGCAGUGUUGAUCAUGACCAGCUUUCUGGAAUGAAUUCCUGGACCACACGGCAUCAUCUUGCCUCGUAAUUCUAUCUGCUCCAUCCCCUCGCCAGUCGAAUAGUUUAUUUAUACAGCCAGGAAAUCAGACCAUACCAGCAUCUCUUGCGCAGGAAAAAUGAUGAUACCAAUUUUGCAGAGCGUGCAGCAAAUCCUAUCCACAUGGUAAAUCUAAUCCUGAAAUCAUAAGGGCCCGUAUUCUGAACUCGGGUUUAACUUAGACCAUGGUCUAACUCUGUGCUAAAAUUAUGGGAAGCCAGAAGUAUCAAAAUUUUUGUUAAGUUGUAUGUUUCUUAUGUUUACUGUGCUCUUUUCUGAUUCAUUGAUGGUGAAGACAAUAAUCUAUUUAUACUUCCUAGACAAUUGAGAAUGAUUUGAGAGCCAAAUGAGCUGAAAAUAUGAUAUCUCUACUGUUAGUGAUUUAUGUAACAAUUGGCUAUCCAUACUUAAACCACAACUUUAAACCUGAGUUUAAGUUAAACCCGACUUCAGAAUACGGGCCAAGGAGUGUGGCUUUUCUGCAUCAGCUUAGUAGGGUAUUUGGUGGUACAUUUAAAUGAUUUACCUCGACGUCAUCGUUUAUACUUUUAUUGUGCAAGACAACUGGAGGCACGAAAUACAAAAUAUUGGGAGUCCUUUGAGUUUUGCAAUGAUCCUAAACUAUACUUGGUUUGAAUACGGGGGAAUGAAUUCAUCCAAGAAUCUCAACCUCGACAAUCGCAUUAACAGUAAUCAUGCACUUCUGAAGUUUUAAAUCGAAUACAAGAACAAAAACUUAAUACCUUAAAGCUAAAUGAAAGUAGUUGCAGUAAAUCUCUGAUUUCGUGAGAAAGUCUGUAAAACCAAGGUUAAGUAUUACCAUAUCAUCGUGGAUCUAGAUCUGGUACAGUUACAUAAACUGAACUUUGUGAAAUCAUAAAAUCUAAGCUGAAAAAUGAUCACACUGAAGAUCGCCAACACAGAUAGGCACACGUGGGACAGUGUAUUAUUAUUGCUGGAAUGAAGACCCGACGGAAGUGCCCGAAUCCGCGCUUAUUUUGCUUAUUUCUCAGCAAUUCCACAAUUUCUUCCAGAAUCAUUUGGCAUAUAUUUUAUAUUCAUCCAAACAGACGCUUCCAAGGUGGUCAUUAUAUUGGAUUCUGUAAAAAGUCAUUUUGAGAUCGUUACCACAUCUGGCAUUUAUCUUUAAUUUACACGGUGUAAACCGUUCCAAAUCAUACUGAUUUCCUCUGGUCUAGAUCCAUGGGAAGAGCAUGGAGCUAAUAUUCUGUGUAUAGCUCCAUGGGAAGAGGACUACCGUUGUUGAUGAAAAAUCACUGCCCGCUCGAAUGGAAACCAAAAACAGACGGCAGGGUGGUAAAAUGAGAAGUGGACGUCGUUAAAAACCAACAUGACGACCUCGACAUGUCAACAAAGCCUAAAGCUUGUAAAAUUCCAAUCGACCGGAGCAUGAUGAGGGUCGUGACCCCAAAACUUUAAGGGAAUGUCAUGAAGCUGACUUUGAAAUUCAUUGGUUUGUUGUAGCUGAGGCCAUAUUGAUAAUUUUUGUGUGGAAAAAGAGCUGGAUCGUGUACAUGCAUACCUAAUAUUUUGUGUGUGUCUUUCCAUGAAAUCGUAGCAUCAUUUUGUUGGGUUUGUCCAUGGAUCCUACUCCAUGGUUUGUCUGAAUUCAAGUAAAAUUGCUAUUGAGGUCGACAUGGCCUUUAAGUCUGUAUUAUCAUAAUGAGAUUUUUACAGAACAGAAUUUACAAUAGGUACCUCGAAAUCUAUAUAUAGUGUAAGCACACUAAGCUUAUUUGUUUAUUUUUAAUGACAGGUGCAGUGCACUUCUGUUUUCAAGUCAACUUAUUUCAGUAGGAAAUUACACCUCACAAAACCAUUCUUGAAUUUCUUACAAUUCAGUUGUGUUUGGGCCUAAAGACAAAUGCAGAGAAGAUGAUUCUUCAAUCGCUUCAACGAUUGUGAUUGUAAUCUAUUCAAUAUAGACGUGGAUGAAUGACCUCUCAAAUUCCAUGAUUUUGUGUACGAUUUCAUUUGUUGAUCUUGUUCGGAAGCUAAAUUAGUAUGCCCUUGGCAUGAAAUAUUAAGAAGAUUGUCCUUUUUAAUGCCAACCUUGUCAUACACUUGUUGUACAUCACUUCCAAGGCUUCGUAUCCUCUCUCAAACUGAUAAUAAUCCAUUCUACUGACCUUUAUUGCCCGAGUAAUCCAGCGAAAUUCACCUCGCGUAUCCAUCAUUCGUUCGUGGUCUCACUGUCUUUGCGUCGUCAUAAUUUGGGAAUAUUUAGAGAGAAAACAAUAGUGCACCCUCAAACCUGAGCUCCAAUGGAGUAUGUUUGUGAGAUUGAAUCAAAAGGAAGGUGUUCUUAAAACGGGGGAUAAUAAUUGGUAGUUGAAUGGCCGUUAACGAUUCGGAUUAGGCGCUGAUUUAGCAAAUUAUGCAAAGAAUGAAUCGAAUAUUCUAUACCGCUUGCACUUGCACGCAUCUGUUUUAGCCAAAGGGUUGGUGAUCUAUCAAAAUAUGACGUGCUUGAUGGUUUAAGGCUACCCAGCGACGCGUAUUUUCUUACAUAUCAUUACUAGUGGGAUCAGUGCAAUCACUGCGAAUUCAUACUAUUAAUUAGCUGAUAAACGUAUCCAGAAUUUACUUUUAUCAUACAUGAUGAUGUACCAGGGAAGUGUUGGUGAAGUUUUAGCUAUUCUGUGAAAGAUUAAAUGAUAAUUGUGAGCUUUCAAGUGCUUUGUUAUUUAGUAUUUACGAACAUAAACUGUUCACUGCGAAUGAUUGCUUGUCAGAUGUUCUCAAGUUCAGGCUAUGACCCGAAUGCUUAUUGUUAAGUUAUGCUGAGAAAAAUUGAUUACACUUGUACAAUGUAGGUCCUGUAUAUUUUUGUUAUUGGAAUGUGGAAAUAAAUCAAAUCAAAUAAUUUGAACGUAGCCCCAUACACGGAGUUUCGUGUGCUGUGUGUAUUUGGCCCUCAUUAUGGUUACGGCAGAUAAUUUUGGUGAUUCACAAAUAUAUUUGCUUACACCUGUGCACUAAUCCAUGCAUUUUUUUUGCUCUUUAAAAAUGACGUAUGUUAUACUUCGGUCUCAUCCGAAAUAAUUUAUGUUCUUAUUUCAAAUUUUCCUACUAAAUAAAUGGCCCAUCGCAUUCAAUAUUCAAUUAUUUCUUCUAUCUGGGAUGAUUGAUUGCUUCAAGUGUGGGAAAUUAAUAUUUUGGACCAUCCCAUAAUUGUGGCGGUUCCGCAACACCACCUCCCAACGAUCAUAUCGACAUGCUUUGUAACUUUUCAAUGGCUUUACAUUGUAUGAAAACCUGCCAGUUAUCACCUGAAAGACAAUAAAUUUCGUCAGUUCAGCUGUAUAAACGCUCGGAAUGAUUAGAGCAUAUCAUGGGAUGAUGCUUUACAAACAGAAAUGGAAUGUGUCGUUAAUCAAACGUUCUUUUGUUGAAUUUUCACCCGAUAUGCUGAGCAGUCGUUUGCAGUAGUAUUGAAUAGGAAUUUGCCUUAUGUUUGUUUUCCAAAUUUUAAUGGAAAGAUUUCUUUUUUAAAGUAGUGAGUGGAUAUAAAAACUAGCGUAAAUAUGGUCGAUUAUUCUUUUAUCUUUUCUUUAAUGUGUUUACAUGUAGUUUUAGAUAUCAUUAUCAUUUUCAUUAUUGACAAUUCGCAACCCACCCCCCCCCCC